AUGUAUUCAACCGCAAGCUAUGGAAAACUACAACAGACAAUCCUUAAACCUCUACUUGAAGUCUCGGUACCUCAGCACCCCGAAACUUACAACGACACCACUUUGCCUAUAUUUCCAUCUCUGGGUGACAUCCAAUCUAGCAGCGAGUCCGACCUCUGCUCGAAUUUCCCACUGGAGUGGCUCGAAAAAGUUCAGGUAGUCCUCAAAACGGGAGUGGGACAGCGAGACAAAAAUGAAGCCCAUCUGAUCUCUGUUACGUCCUGCAUUCGAAAUCUAAUUGUGUUUUCCGAUGUUUCAGAGCGAAUACACAAUCGGGAAUUUAUCGAUGUCUUAGAGGGCCUUUCUGAACCGUACCUUCAACAUCCUGAUUUCGGUGCUUAUCAGAAACAGCGAACGGCGUACGAUUCAGGGGAGCCAAUUAGACUCUCUAACGGAGGAUGGAAGCUAGAUCGAUUCAAAUUCCUACCCAUGAUAAAUAAAGCCUAUAAGAUGCGCCCCGAUGCAAGCUGGUAUGUAUUUCUCGAAGCCGACGUGUACAUGUUUUGGGACAACCUCUUCCGCUUCCUCGACCAGUUCAACGGGCAGGACAUGCAUUAUUUUGGGUCAGCAACCACGGGGUCUCAUGGUAGAUGGUUUGCGUAUGGCGGUGCUGGGAUGGUACUGUCACAAGGAUUGAUGAAAGAUCUCGUUGGGGAUGGGACACUCCUGAGCGAAGAAUAUCAAGAGUGGAUGCUUGCCGACUGUUGCGGAGAUGCUGUGUUGGGCUAUGCGAUCCUUGACAAGACUGGUGUUAAAGUUGAAGAUCUCUACCCGAUGUUCAGCGGAGACUCUCUCGAGGCGUUAGGUGUCAGUGAACCACGAUGGUGCAAUCCCUUAUUAUCGCUUCACCGCAUGACCGCCGACUCUCUGAGAUCUUUAUGGGACCACUAG